CAGCAACUCUUCUGAGGUCACGCCAUUUGACCAGCCGCCUUCCAUCUAUCGUCCUAAACUCAGCCAUUGCCGGUGCCAUUGCCCCAGUUUCCUGCCACCAUGAAGACUUUCGCGCUCCUCUCCGGGUUGGUUCUGUUGUCCGCACUCCUCGCCAUAACUUCAGCUGCGGAGGAGAACGCAGUUUUUGCGUUCGAUGCCACUCCAGCUGUGCCUG